UUAGUUUUCUAUCAUCGGUGGUAAUAGGUACUUGUGGCUCUGAAAUUCAAACCUCCCUGGUUGGGUCAUUCAUUCCCGGGUCUUGAAGUAGUGGAGCUUUCUAUUCUCUCUCUAUCGUCAAUACAAAAUUUCAAGGUAUUACCAAUCCUAAGCAGGCCUUCUAGGUACUACUCAAGUAAUGAGGAGUACGUAUGUGAGAGUGACAAAGAAAUACUAGCAGCAAAGCGAGGGAGAAGAAAGCCUGGCCAGGUUUUGGAAUGGGUCAUGUUUUUGGAAGCAGGUGGUCUGGACUCAAAUCUUGACAUCGAUUGGCUCCUCUGAUGUUCGCUUGGUUUUAAGUGUAAAUUCCAGCCAUUCAGAAGGUGUCAGUGAGAAUGUGUUCGAAUUCGGACUCGGUGAUUGUUUCGAGUCAAACGCCCGAAAUUAAGGAGGGAGCGGCUUUACGCUAUAAAAAGCGAAUUUUUGGUUCCAAUUGGCGUCAUGGUACCUUGGUUCUUCAUCAAGACUCUACCUUAGCGUGGUAUCCGGACAACAGGGAUUCCAAGCCUGAUCUGGGCGUACUUUUGAAAGACGCUCCGGAGAUGAUUGCAGCAGGACAAUUUUCACAGAAUGUUCCUGGCCGACCAGAUUUCCCGGAUGGUUUCGAUAUCAAGGGCGCCAUUGCCAUCGGAUCCAAGACCAAGAAAGAAGUAACCUGGUUAAUGGUCUCAUCUGAGGAAGAACUCAUUGAAUGGAUGAAAGCGAUCUCAAAGACGGUGAGUUAGGUUUGGACAGCUCCUUAAAGCUGAGUAAAGGCAUUAAAGCCUUACAUAGUCACGAUAUUACUUCAAAAUUUGAACCUUUCAACUGAUCAAGCCAUCAUCUGAGAUAUUCGUUUGAGGCAAUUACAAUUGAGUAACUCAAAUCGCACAUGAGGACCAAGAAAGAGCAUGAAAAGCAUCUUUUUCGAGCUCCGUAGUUACAUAAAAUAAGUUUUUCUAAAUUAAGAUAUCAACUUUUCACUUUCAUUUUAUUGCAUAUUUUUCUGUUGGCUAUAACGAUAUUAAGGAAAAAGGCUGAUGACUUGAAAAUAUAUCGAAGUAAUCGAAGCAAUAUGACUUUAUUUGUUGUAUGAGGUAAUCUCUUCGCCUCAAGAAAGCAUUAUCGUUGUAUUCUUAACGAUGGCGUAUCUCUCCGUGACCCGCCUCCAAAGGAAAAGCCAAAUAUAAAGUUCCGAAAAGGCCAAUAAGAUAAAUAAAAACCCCAAGUCAACCAUUGAAGCAAGAUAAAAAAAAUUUUAAAGCUUGCUGACAACCCUAGUAAUCCAUCGCGAGUAAUAAAUUGGUUAGUCAAAAAUGAUGGGGGUCGGAAGCAUGACAUUGACCACAAAAAAGAGCGAGCAAGAUGGAAAGAGACAAAAUAAUCCAUGAUCUACUCAACGCCCAAGUCUUGCCAGCACCGAUAUCAGAACUGAAUUGAACUAACAAUAAUGAAGGUUGGGAUAACACGAGAGUUGUUGGAUUCGGCGGCCAAAACAGUAAGAGCUGAGUAGCCAAUUUUCUCAACGACGUCAAGGCCAAAGCCAAUAUGAGCUAACUGUCAAAAAUCCAGAUAAGGCCUUGAUCUCCUUCAAGUGAACUGUAAUUGUAUCAUACAACAACAUCCAAUGUGACACGUGUCCUCAGAAAGGUUUUAUGAUGUCCAAGUAGCGUUCAGGAUAAACAGCCUCAUCAAAUUUAAGAUCACAACCUUAUUCAAUGAAUUCGAUCUUAAAAUACCCUAAGAAGUUUUUAUUGGAUGGUCAAGUGCAAAAAGUGUUCAUCUGCAUUAUUUACUCUAAAAAGAUUAGCCAGACAUUUUUGCUUAGCGAUACUGCACAUAUUUUCACAAGGUUCGCAAGCAACGAAACCAAAGCAAAAAACUUUGAUAUCAAAUUAAACAAUCAUUUCAUUAAACCUUAGCUCUUUCUAAUGGUCGCUCAUGCAUUCAAAAAUUACCAGAAAGGCUAAAUGGGUGGUGUCUUUUUAAUUUUCAUGCCAAGGGGAUUAAAUCGUUUUCUAAUUAAAAGAACCCCGCUGGCGGCCUCCAAGAAAUACGGUGGGCGAUUUAGAAAAAAAACUAAAAACACAACAUGCAGGCAUUAGUAAGGAAAUAGCAGUAAUUCGUUCUUUUUUUCGAAAAAGGAAGUGUAAUUGCAUUACAUUUUAAAAUUGGGCAAUUGCAACGACCCAAAAACUAAAAGAAUUACUCGUUACUCGGUCCUUUUUCAGCUUCCAGAAUGGCCUUUAAAUUUUCGUUAAUCUCGAGACUGCUGAGAUUUCAACAGAAAAAUUGCCAUUUAUUGCUAAUUUCAUCUACCGUAUUACGAUCAAAGAAAGUUAGAAUUAAAAAUUGCGCUUGCUCUUAACUACGCUGAGGGUGACCUUGGUUUUUUUUAAAUCUGAAAUUGUUCUUGCCACUUUAUUGUUUGCAUCGUGUCAAUCAAAUUCCGUUGUACUGAACAGCUGAUUCAGUGCAAUUGUCAAGAAAGGAAAAUCUCUCCUUAGCUUGACUAUGAUACAUCAAAUUUCUAGAGUCUCCUCAUUUCCACGACGAAAGGCAUAGACUUCUUACAAGGAAUGUCUAAUACUGGUUUGCCAUCAUGACUUUUGCGAUAUUGUUUCAAACCUUCAACAAUCAUUAUCCCAUCCACGGUCCAAGUCUUCUUGACUCCUCAAAGCAUUGAAAUGCCAAAGCUCUUUAACUAAAGAUGUUGACACAAAAUCUUCAAAUGUUACGCAUUAGGGCUCCUUGAGUUAAACAAACACAAUUUCUUUAGAGAAGAAUGGUCUUAAUUGGGCAAAAACCAUAAAAUAUUGGUAAUUCUAGAAUUUGAGAAAAAACGAGUAACGCCAUUACUUUGUUUUCGAGUAACGGUUGUGUAACGAAUUACUAUUUUGGUCAAAGUAACUGUAACUGCGAUUCGUUCCUUUUAUUGAGGAACGACUAAUGCCCAGCUAACAUGUGUAUAAUAUCAUCUUCAGUUACCAUCCUCCACCACCACCAGGACAAGAACCACCCAAUGAACCAUAUUUACCUGCUGAUGUUAACGGCAGCAAUCGACCACCAAGAUAUGAAGGACCCCCGUCACAAAAUUCCAGGCGCGCACCACCUCCACCUUAUCCUGGGGGUGGACGCGGUGGUGGUCCAAGGGGAUAUCAAGGGGGAGGAAAUGCAGAGAGGGGCGGGGGAGGAGGAGGAUAGGCGGCGGUUAUCCCCGGGUGGUGGGGGUGGAGGAGGAAAAACAACUGUGAUAGUUGGCGGUGAUGGAGGUGGACGAGGCUACGAUGGAGGAGGAUUUGGUGGUGGGCUUGGUGGCUUUGGCACAGGAAAUGCUGGUGUUGGUGCUUUGGGUUAUGGCUUGGGUGGCUGGGGAAUGGGUUAUGGCUUUGGACCCUCAGUGUACGGCGGAUUCGGUUAUGGCGGCAUGGGUUUUGGAGGAGGUUGGGGUGGUGGGUAUCACAACCAGAGCAAUGUUUCACAACGAGUACAAACCUAUAAUAAUACCACCAACAACGAUAACGACACGACCAAUAACAUCACCAAUGAAGCAGCAGACACCAAUCCAGGGGCCAACGACGAAGCCACCGAGAACGUUGAGCCAGGGGAUUUCGAAGGUGAAAAUGAUGUCGAGCCCGAAAGAUAUGAGGAUGAUCCUGGUGGCCAUGAGGAGUACCCUGAAGAUGAAACUGGGUACGAUGAUAUACGGAGGUGAGGAAGAAGGUUAUGAAGAUUUCGGGGGCGACAUGGAAGGCGAAGACUUUGGAGGAGGUUACGACAUGGAUUUCGGAGGAGGAGAUAUGGACUUUGUGGAGGAGAAAUGGACUUUGGCGGAGGAGAUAUGGACUUUGGCGGCGACUUUUGAAGAGAGCAAAAUUGCACAUUGUUUACCUUAUCCAAAUGAGAGUAUUUUCAAUAAGAUAUUGUAUAUCCAUGCUUAA